AUGCACUCCAGCUUCUUCUCUUCCCUCGAGCGGGUCGAGAAACGGCUCAAAAUCGACCGCCACGACGGCGGCUGCCGCCGACCACCACCUCAAACCGCCGCCACCGCCGCCUCAUCGUCGCUCGACGAUUCUCCGAUCUCCCCUCUUUACCUCCUCUCCUCCCAACCCCACCACCACCGCCACCGCCAAGCCCUCGUUCCUCCUCCUCCCCCUCCACCUCUUCAAGAUAGCAGCGAAGCACCGGAAGCGUUCCUCUCUUGCUCUCCCCAGUUCCGUCCUCCGCCGCCGCCGCCGCCGCCGCCGGCGACGGGGACCGACGCCGACUCGGCCGACGACAUCGACCGGUUGAUGCGGAUGCUGGGUCUGGGCAACGGCGAGCCGAAACCCCGCGGAGAAGGAGCGGGCUGCGGAGCAGGUGGCGCCGGGGCUUGCGAGUGCGCGGGCGGGUUCUACGAGCGCGUCGCCGGCGUGGAGGGCCCGAAGUGCCGGAAGGAGGCGGAGAGGUUGGAUGGAUGGAUUGAGUACUUCUCGAACGGCGGCAGCGGCGGUGGCGAUGAGGAUGAGAGGGCUGAGCCGUUGAGGCUGGUGCAUUUGCUUCUGGGUAGAGCUGCGUCCGCUUGCGUGGGCGGUAGCGGUUGCGGUUCUGGCGGGUUGGUGUUUCCUUCCACUGUGGAUGAGUUUCUUCGUAACGAUCCUCCUGGUCCCGAGGAUUAA